GAGCGCUACCGUCGCGCUAUUCCGUUGGUGGCGCGCGAGUUGUGCGUCAUUGUUGCUGCGCCGUGCUUAAGGAGCGGCGCUGUCCCCGCUAUGUUCAAGGUAAAGCAGUUGAUGGCUGUUCCUGCUAGCUUGAGCAUACUUGCUGUCCAUGUGUAUGCUGCUGCCCCUGAGAAUGAAGCUUCCAAAAAAACCUUACUGAAAGUUGAUGAGCUUUCACUGUAUACCAGUCCAACACCAACAUCAAAAUAUGUUGAAGAUUCACGAACACAGUUGGAGGAAAGUAUCUGUUCUCUACGGCGGUCUCUGGAGCCUUUUACAGCCUGGUUUCAGGACUUCUUUGGCAAAGUCUCACCAAAGGUAGAAAAAGCAGCUGAAUAUGGCAGAGAAGGCUAUGAAUUUCUCCAGAAUCCACCUCCAGGAUUUUAUCCGAGACUUGGUGUCAUAGGUUUUGCUGGUAUUGUUGGGUUGUUCCUGGCUAGAGCUUCCAAAAUAAAGAGGGUUGUUUAUCCAGUAAGCUUUAUUGGGAUUAGUGCUUCUCUCUACUAUCCACAGCAAGCCAUUGCCAUUGUCAAGGUAACUGGUUCUCAGUUGUAUGAUUGGAGUCUGCAAGCAUAUAUAAACAUAGAAUCUCUCUGGAAAGAUAAUCCAAAAAAGAAAAAAUUGGCAAAGGCAAGUGACAAGGGUGACGUGGAAAGUGAUAAAACAGUGAAUGUACAAGUAGGAAAAGCAGUAAAAUAGAACUCUCCAGUGCAUCUUAUUUAAACAGCAGACUGCCAGAGAAGAGACAGAUCACUCUUGCCAAAGCUCUGAACUGAUUGCACGGAGAGGAUCUUGUGAGGACUUUGGGUUGCUCACUCAUGACAAUUGUUUUGUUCCAGGCAAACCUGGAUUGGGGUACAUCUAGUGCUUUUGACCAUUUGCUACGUUUGUAAUUCUGGAGUCUCCUAUAUGGUGCCCAUGAAGACCUUUCUUGGCAACAGCCAAUGUUUUUAUUUUAUUUUUAAAAUUUCUUUUUGGUAAGAAAAACAGUUAGGAUGCUGGCAUACCACAAAAUGAAGUACUAGCAAUAUCUUUAUAUGGGUUUAAAAGAGUCAUUUAGUGUUUUUGGAGCUCAGACCACACGUCUGGCCUGCGCUUAGGUACUCUGUUACUCUCACAGUUCACUUUCUGCAAAAUGAGUGUCUUAUGGCUGACUGUGCCCACCCUGGCAGCCACUAUAUGGAUGGGCACCCCAUUUUAGCCACUUUGUAAGCUCCCAUAAAACUCAAAUUCCAAAUGUGCCCAGCAACUCAAAAAAAUUUGUGGGGGUGUUCCUGAUAUAAUUUUACAACAGGCCUAGAACUUGUAUAUCAAUGUACACAUCUGCAGGAGUUUUACUUCACUUUACCAGAUUAAUUCAUUAUACUAUCUUUCUAUUAUUUUUGAACAUUUUUUAUUUUCUUAGCAUAAACAAGUACACAAAAAGAAUGUGAAACAGAACAACCUAAAAUGAAUAAAGCAAGCUAAAAUAAACAAUGUUGCCAAGAGAAUUUUAAACAAAUACAACCUAUACAUUUAUCCCCCCAGAUCUAUCUUCCUGUCUUUCAACACUCUUUGAGCGUUUAACAAAAAAGAAAUCAUUACACUAUCUUUAAAAUAUUCUAUAUAAGAUUUUGGCCAGUUUCACUCAUUCAUGUGAACAGAACACAUUUAGGAAUGCUAACACAUGUAAAGAGAGAUGAAGAAACUCUAGCACCUCAGGCUACUCUUCCAGAAGUCUUAAGGCAGCCUUCCCCAACCUGGUACUUCACUGUGUGUGCAUUCAGGAGAGAACUAGAUGGUUAUCCCAGUUUUUACCUGUGAUGGCAAAGCUUGCUUAUGACAUGCAAGUAUCAGGUAGAGAAAACUGGCCUGCAGUAGUGGUGGCUUGGGUCAGUUUUCAGGUCCAGGAGACUAGGAGAGGAAGAAUAUCUUUUAGAUUUAACUGCAGUCAUAGUAGAUAAAGGUAUCUUGUCAUAGCUAGAUCAGCAAUUGUAAUUUGUAAUUAAGGAAAUUAAAAUGCUUCAUUAUUUUUAGAUGCUUCCAGUAGUAUUGAUGUAGAUACAUGCGUAAUAAUUUUGAACCAUAUGGACU